CUCACUAUCUUUCCCUCUGCCACGAAUUCGGGUUGACUUUUCUCAAUCUAAUUCAACCUUCAUAGUUUGGGUUUUACUCAGUGGCACGUACCUGCUGCCACAUGUUAUGGUACCUUGUGGUCCGCAGGAGUCUGAAAUAAUGACACUUUCGGUACAGGAUACUGGGAGCUUUCAUCAUCUCCAUAUGUCUGGUGGAGUGAUACAACGUUAGUUUGGUACACAGACUGAGUGAUGUGGCAUUCUGGAUAUACGUACACAUGACCAAAUAAUUUCUGAAUCAGUUUGGAAUGAACAAUAUAACCAGAGCGGCCAGCACCAUCUGAACCAGUUUUUCACUCCACACAAUAGGUUUAAUAUUUUGAUUUAUUUUUAAUCGGGUGGCCAAUUGGAUCCGGAUCCGCAGUGAGGAAUGUGCCGCUGAGCCGGCUUGUCCGGCUCCAUGUGCGGCCUAGUCAGCAGCGCCGCCCGCUCGUUACCCUCAGCCGGCUCACAGCGGCUUGUAGGCCGCUUCCCCUCGGGCCCGGGCCCGAACUCGCGGCCGGCGGCCAUGCAGACAGCGGUUGUCCGCUGUGUCCCCACUGAGACCAAGUUGACCAUCUCGCUGCGGCUGGGGCCCGGGAACGGAAGCCAGCGGCACUUGCAGCGGGAGCAGAGCGAGAGCCUGCGGACCGCGCUCGGCCGCAUCGCCCACAACCUGCUCAAAGCGCAGGCCAAGCCCGGGAAAGGCCAGAAGGCGGCACAGGCCCCGGCUCAGGCCUCGGCCCCGCCGGUCGUCCUAUACCUGGGAGAGGAGCCGGUGCCCGGGGACACGAGUAACGCCGAGGCCUGGCAGGAUGGAGCCGUCUUACAGGUGGGGGAGGCCCGGUACCGGGUGGAGAGAAACCCGCCCACCUUGACCCAGCUCCGCUUACCCAGUUCCCUCCUGGCCGGCUUCCCGGUCUGCCCCAAAGUGGAGCUGGAGUUCGGGGAGGCCUCGCACUCUCUGUUCGAGUGGCUGAGGGAGGCGGACGGGGGCUGGGAGGCGGCGGCUAGCAGCCGAGUCUUCACCCCCAGUAACAGCUACAUCGGCCUGAAGCUGAAGUUGAGAUGUCACCCGGGCGACGGGCGGCGCUUCGGGGCCGCGGUGGAGCUGGAAAGCGGCGGCACGGUAGAGGCCGGCCCGGGAGCUUGUACCUUUGACAGCCGCCAGUGGUUCACCCGCCAGGGCCUGGAGGAGCCGCAACUCCGGGUGGUUUCCUACAACAUCCUGGCCGAUGUGUACGCUCAGACCGAGUUCUCCAGGAGCAACCUGUACCCUUAUUGCCCGCCCUAUGCACUGGAGAUCGACUACAGGCAGAACCUCAUCAAGAAGGAGCUCAGCGGCUACAAUGCCGACAUCAUCUGCCUCCAGGAGGUGGAUAAGAAUGUGUUCACCAACAGCCUGUCCCCGGCCCUGGAUGCUUUCGGCUUUCAGGGAGUGUUUCGGAUCAAGGAGAAGCAACACGAAGGUCUCGCAACUUUCUUCAGAGCCUCCAAGUACCGGCUGUUAAGUCAGCAUGAUGUGACCUUUAGUGAGGCUCUCGCUUCAGACCCCUUACACUUCGAGGUUUUGGAGAAGAUUUCUGCAAAUCCCACUGUUAAAGAAAAGGUGUUGCAAAGAUCAACCGCUUUCCAGGUUUGUGUACUUCAGUCUCUAAAAGAUUCAUCAAAGAAGUUGUGUGUUGGUAAUACUCAUCUUUACUGGCACCCCAAAGGAGGACACAUUCGCCUUGUUCAGAUAGCAAUCGCCUUUCGUCACCUCCAAAGAGUUACAACAGAGGUGUAUCCCGGUAUACCAGUAAUUUUUUGUGGUGACUUCAACAGCACCCCAAACUCAGGCUUGUAUGAAUUUGUCACCAAGGGACACAUUUCUGCUGAUCACCCCGAUUGGACUUCAAACGGUGAGGAAGAACAAUGCAGCAUGUCCCUUACACACUCAUUUAAACUAAAAAGUGCUUGUGGAGAACCUGCUUACACAAAUUAUGUAGGUGGCUUCCAAGGUUGCCUGGACUACAUUUUCAUAGAUAUUAACAUGUUUGAAGUUUUUCAGGUUAUUCCUUUUCCAAGUCACGAGGAAAUCAUCUGCCAUUUGGCUCUGCCAAGUGUUUCACAUCCAUCAGAUCAUAUUGCACUUAUCUGUGAUCUGAAGUGUAAAUAAAUGAUGAUGACUUGCAGGUUUGCUGCUACUUUAAGAAGUUUAUCAGCAUCUGUAAAGAGGAUAAUGGUUGGUAACGUUUUGGAUUUUGAUCUUUGUUCACAACCAACAGAUGCUGACAAACCUGUCAUUCCUGUAUUUUUUGUGUUUACUUUAAAUUUCAUCAUUUGUAGUUCCUUUUCAUAAAAGUUGAUUGGUCUUAAUAUAAUUGAAUAGAUCAGAAUGGUUGAGAAUAACAAUGCAUUGAACCUGGCAGGAUUUGUAAUGUUUGGAUGCAGAAAGGUUCACAUUUUACUGUACUGUAACUAGAAUAAAAUAUUCCUUGCAUGAAAUUGAAACAAAAAAAUUCCCAAUUCAGCUGUGAUACAUUUCUAAAUAAGCAUUGCAUUUAUCACAGGUCUGCAAUAAUCUGGUAGCCAGUGCAAUUAGAAGGAGACCUUGUAAAAUCUUAGGGAGAUAUAUUGCAAUUCCUCCUCUUCUGUAAAUCAUAAUAUGCAGAUAUGAUAGAUAUGAGUACAGAUUUGCACAUUUUUGUGGAAACUAAAUGUCGAUCCCAACUAUAGAAAAUGAAAUUGCAUGUUCAUUACUGCAAAUAAAUUGAUUUUUAAAAUGUACACCAUAAGGUAAAUAAACAUAGCCAACCUC